AUGAGCAGCCCACGUCCCCUCGCAGGGCGUCUUGUCCCCCUCAGAACCAAAGACGAGGUGCGCGCCAGCCUAGAGACUCACAGCGUCUAUGUCGUCGAGGUGCCGGCCAAAUUUGCCAAUGUUAUCAAGGAUGCCGUGCAAGCAGCCCUCCCAGACUUCAAGACGUCGGAAAUCUCUCAUCUGCGACGCGUAGUGCAGUUCAAGUACCUGCCGCCGCAUCUGCAGAAACAGUUCUAUCCGCCCGCAAGGCUCCCCAGAGGUGAAGAAGAUGAUCCUGCCUCUGCAUUAUUAUCUUCUACUGCACCGGCGCCCUCUGCUUCCUUUUCUGCGUCCUCGUCCUCGGCCGUUGAUGGCAGUGAGGCUGCUCAUGGUGUGACUGUUACUGAAGAUUUUGAUCUAGUUCGCUACUUCCUCUUGUGUCCGACGCGCCAUAUUCCCCACGCCAACCUUGCAGCUAUCAUACGUACCUGUCCGCCUUUCGACGGCAAGACUGCACCGCCUCGUAUCUUCUACGUGACGGUCCCGUCGCUAGCACCCAUAUCUGCCGAGCAGGCUACGGAAUGGAGCGACAAGUACUGGCCCAUCUCGUACAAGAACACCAACCCCUACGGUCCACAUCCAAGCCUCGUACAGCGCAACCAGGAGGAGAUACAACCCGAGGCGGGCAACUGGCUGGCCCUGGCACGAGCCGCUGGCGAGCAGAUAUCAGAGCAGUGUCUGGGUGAGAAGAUUGGCGUCGUCGUGGUCGACCGCACAAGGAGCACACCAGAAAUCAUCGCUGUCGCUGGUGACUGUCGCUGGAGAUCUUUCACUGGCACCGCCGAACCGGCCACCGGCACUGGCAACGUCAUGGCCCACGCCGUCCACCGCGCCAUCGCCAUGGUAGCGAAGAAGCGACUCCGCGUUGCUGGCACCGACCCCGCAUACCUCGACCGCUCCCUCUUCUGCGACAAUCCCCUCACCGGCCUUGAGAAGCUAUACUACGAGAAAGACAACAUCUCAUCGAGCGGCUACCUGUGCGUCGACCUCGACAUCUACCUCACCAACGAGCCCUGCGUCAUGUGCUCCAUGGCCAUCCUACACUCGCGCUUCCGCCGCUGCAUCUUCAGCAAGCGCAUGCCAUACACUGGCGGCAUGACGGCAGAUGGCCCUGGUGACUCUUCGUCAGCGGGCAGCGGACUGAAGAACGGAUUGUUCUGGCGACCGAGCGAACUCAACUGGAAGUUCCUGGCUUGGGAGUUCAAGGAGGAUGGCAAAGCUGCGGAUGCGGAUACCGGUUUCAAGGAUACACUGCAUGCAUAG